AUGCUCUCCAACGGUGUUGUGCACAUUGGCAACGACACCUUUGUUGCAGUCACACGCGAUUGUAGUAGUCACAUUUUUCUCAUAACAAGCUCUUUCCCAAAGGCGGAGCGUGUGGUUCCGUUAAGGUUGACACGUAGGGUGCUCAUCACACCCAAUGCCUCUCUGAACUAUGAUCCUGUGGAGGUUGAACGGUUUAUUACAUCUUAUCGAAAAUAUUCUGAACAAAAUGGAAAAGAUACUCGUGUGAAUAUGAUUAUUCCAUCAAAAGUAUCGGGAAAGGAGCCUCAUCUACAUUCCCUUGAAAUAGAGCAAGGGAGGGCAUCUGAUGGCGCUGAUCACAAGACUGUUACUCUUAAACCACCAGACCUUAAACUUCCCGAGUCUCCUCAGGAAGUGAUGGACGCUACUAAGGAUACGGACUGGAUUUCUUUUUUGCGCUACAGCCUCCAUGUAUCACCUGAUGCGCACAUAAUUGCCGCAAUAAGCAACACCAGUCAUCGACAUUACAUUAUCAACAUUGGCGAAUCGACUGAUAUCAUUCCCUUUGAAACCUUCGAAGCGAUCCGAAGCAUAUGUUGGCAUCAUGCACGACCCUACUUGCUAUUGCUGUUGUCGGUAUCGGGGGUGUUUAUGGUGUUUGAUACGACAGCACCGAGCUUUCACUUUAUGUCUCGUUGUAUGUACUAUGUAUCUCUGAAAUCCUUAAUUCAUGGAGUCCUAGAGCGCAAGCUAUCACAAUCUCUACCAAUUAAAUCAAUUGGAGAAUCUACGUCUCUCACGGAGGCAUCAAAGCUAUCACACACUUUUGUAGUAAAAGAGCUAAACGGACCAAUAGCUAAGAAGGGUGGAGCAGGAAAAUCGGCUGUGGUCUCAAAUGACUCACCUCGAUCCUUGUCAAAGGUGCGUAGGGCCUCGAUGCUUAUCAAUGAUUUGGGAAUGCCUACCAAGGGGAUCGACAACGACGCCGCCAGUGGAAAGUCGAAAAAGCAAUUAUCCAGCUCUCGUGCUGGGCUACUACGUGGUGUCCAGGAGGUUCGCCGAUCGGGUCAAUCAGUGUUGCAGCGGCCGUUUGCGAAGUCGUCUGUUGGGCCCAACCACUCCGAGGUGUCCCCCAAGAGCCUCUCGCGUCGUUCACACCUUCCUGUUAAAGUCACCACCGCGGCGGCGUCUACGUCGGUUCAGCAAGUGAGCCGUUCUUUUAAAGAGGCAACAGUAAGAAAGGGGCCUAAUACCAUGCGCCUUGCACCCACGCCGAGCGAUUCUUCUAUCCAGUCCUUGCCUUCAAAAGGGUGCGGAAGCUUUCAGAGAACGCGCGCCGCGUCGGUGGUUUCCCCUUCAUCCUCCAUCUGCUCAGCCUCGCGUGAGAUGGGGUUGCGCGAGAAUUCAGUAGCGGGGCUGAGCACCAUCUGUGAGGAUUCGCCAAAUUUUAGCGAACCCCCGGUACUCGAGUUUGUGGAUAUAUGCUGUGUGCGACCGACCCGUGGCCUUCCAACGACGCUGCUGAUGCUUUGCCGGGAUGGUGAGGUGUGGGCGGUAAAGUUAGAUAGCCUUGGCGGCCUCGCGAUGGGGGCGGAAGCCUCACAAGAUGGUCGGGUGCCCUUGAAUGCGACCGAGGUGGAGGCGGCGCGGCAGCGGGCGGCGGAGGUCGCGGAGAUGCCGGAUAUCCACUACCUUCUUCCCGGCAUGGUCGACCCCUGCGGUGUGCAUGACGACGAGGAGGCGCUUGCGCUCACCUGCUUUUGCAUCGACGAGGACGCCGGCCUCCACGCAGUGUUGGUGUUUUACUCCAGUGGGAUCCUCCGCGGGGUCUACGUCGAUGAGCCCGACCUUCUCGCGCGGGAUCGGGGGCGUUCGGGGAGGAUGGGACCCGCCAAGUCCCGGGCCUCUUUCCAACUUCAGCUUUCCCACGCGAUGUCGAUGCGGGGGCUGGUUUCCCCCGCGACCGCCCCGACCCCCACCCACACGAUCCAACUCACGACCGUCGGGAAUAUUUGUCUGCUGCGGGUUGGGCCCCAUGAGGCCUUUGUGGUGGCCCUUCCCGUGUGGUCGCGGGAGCAGGGGGGGUGGGGGUAUUAUUCCCCCCCCUGCGGCCGUCCUUGCCGGCGCGAGGUGGAGGCCGGACGGCUGGGGUUGGCCGGGCUGGCGUCGGAACCCCCCCCUCCGCUCGCGGUUCGGGUGCCCUUUGCGAUUGCCGAGGCCAGCCUUGCCUUGGGGGAGACGGAGCUGGUGGUCCUCCCUGAAGUGGCGGGGCCAGGGACGGGGGGCUGGGACGGGCGGGGCGUCGUCCUGAAGGUCGCGAGUGUGUUGCAGUCCGCUCUCUAUGCCCAGGCUGAGGACCUGCGCUGUGAAGACGGGCCGGGGCUGCCGCCCCUGGACAGGGGCCAAACCACCUCCUCCCGAGAGGGUUUGCGAGGGGAGUUGGAGGGGCUGUUGAGUAGCGUCGCGAAGUGUCACCGGGAGUGGCUUUGCGGCUUCCCCCCGGAUGAGGUCGACCUCACUACAGACAAUCUGGUAGAUGACAUUGAAAAGACCAUUAAGGAGGUUAAAAGAGAGGAAGAUCUACUGCAAGUCCGUGAAACUAAACUUUAUGCACGUCUAGAGGCUUUAAAUGAGAGAGUAAAGAUGGGUAUGACGCGCCUGAACGCGUGGACGGACACCCUUCUUGACGUGAUUAUACAUCGCCGUGGACCGAGGUCAAUCAUUGAGGCCAAUGAACGUCUGGGUGCGAUUCAUAAGAUGUUGUGUUUGUACGAAAAAAAAAAUAGACACUCGUGCAUAGUGAUACGUAAUAAUUUUUCAGUUUAA